UCAAUCAAAAUUAGUCCUAAAUUAAGUACUAUGGAGCAUGGAAGCCCCUCCUCUAACCAUAGCCGUAAGGCACAAUCAAGCUCUGAUACUCGGAAGGAAGGGAAGAAUGGUGCAGGAAGUGAGGAAGUGCAUAUGCCAAUCGCAAAUUUGGCAAAAAUCAUGAGGCGUGCUCUUCCCGCUCAGGUAAAAAUAUCUGAUGGUGCUAAGGAAUCAAUGCAAUUGUGUGUCUCUGAAUUCAUGGGCAUUAUCACUACUGAGGCUAGCCAGCGUUGCAAAGUUGAGCAUCGCAAAAUUGUUACCGCUGAAGAUUUAAUUUGGGCUAUGGAUAGGUUGGGCUUUGAGGACUAUACUGCCCCUCUUGUUCUUUACCUUGAUAACUAUCGUAAAAAUGAGGCCCAGAUUACUGCCAUGGCAAUUGCCCAUGGGCUUAACAAGGAUGCAUCCAGCAGUGGCAGUGGCAAUGACCAACCUUGAUUGGGAGAAUGCUAUAAGGACUUAUGCCAAUUCAUUUAUGGCGUAAUAAUAAAUUGUGUUUUGAAUAAUUCAUGUUAUGCUUUUAAUAAUUUCUGCUUCAAACUUUAUGCCUUUAUAUUGCUUCCUUUUUCUUUUUUUGCUUUUCUUAUUUUGUGUUGCUUUCAUUGGUCAUCAUUAUGAACUAUUAAGUUUCA